AGUGGGACUGACCAUUAACGGGCUCCUCCCAAGUUUGGUUGCCCGGCAGCGUCAUGGAUGCUCAAUUGAUGAGCGAAAGGAACGAGAGUGGGGCUGCCCGCAGGACUGGAGCGAAGACUCCUCGGAUUUGGAGGAUUGACAGUAAAUUCGGUUUUUUUUGGCGGGGGGGGGGAGAGCUACACGAACUGGAGGUAUCACUCUAAAUUGCGUUGCAUGAAAUAAACCACGCGAGGGGCAGUGCGAUUGUAAGGAGCGCGUGCAUGGAAACAUGUUUCGGGGGGGCUAGCAGGGAUGUAGCUUUCCAGCGGCGUUAGAUUGUUAUUGUUUCUGGUAGAGUGUUUUGCGAAUAUGGCAAGGAGGGUGUAACAGUGAAGUAUACAUGCAUGCGAUUUGGUAAACCUUUCCGAAGGAAGUAAAACCCUCGCGAAGGCGCACGCAGACGUUGCAUCGCAGGUUCGUAGCUCCGCUCUUCGCGAGCCGGGUUGUCGGUUUCUCGCGGUGUUCAUUUGAUCAGAUGAUUCAGUGACUUAUUUAUAUAUCGACUUUCAGUGACCCUUCUAAUCAAUCAUAGACUACGAGGUGAGAGUAGCACCUAUGUGACGACUUUUGAUAUCUUAUGCCCUAUGGUAGACAUUAUUUGAAACUAUUUUAGGCUUCACUUGAGAAAUAGUACACGUUAACAUGUGAAAUAUCGAAGUCCAGUACCUAAUGCAGAUUAGAAAGACCAAGUGAUAUAUUUGACGAUCUUCAUAUUGUAUGCAGAGCCAUGGCGGCUACAUGUAAGAUGUGGUAAAUAUAGGUUCCUUGACAUUUAAUUAGAAUACAAUUAUCAGAAAUAAUUUAUUUUAUACAGUUGGCUGACAUAAAAAAAAGAUUUGUAUGUAUUUGUAUUUAAAUUAAACACAAUAUUAGAUAUAGCAUAGUCUAAUGCUUUGGUAACAGUUAAUACGGUCGUGGCAGCUAUUUUAGUGCAAAUUAACCCUGAAAUGCGCUUGCACAGCCAAAGAUGUAACGGUCAUUUAAGUUAAGGUGCCGUAAAAGAGACCGCGAUGUAGACCCGCAGAGCGAAAUAGGAAACCACGAUGUUAAAAGUUGAAGGUCUGACGCGUCGCUGGAGGACACCAAAGCCGGGGGGGAUGAUCCCUGUCAGAGUGCUUGUUAGAAUAAUCGGCGCUGCGGUGUCGGCGAGGCAAGAGUGAAAGCGGAUUUCACGAGAUUAGUGGCGGGCUGCUAUUUUGUUCGUAGAGAAUUGCGUACUGGUCUUUUUUUACGCACUUGAACUGUCAUUGCGCAUGGCGACGCGAUAAAACCUGCAAUCUCAGAAACUCGACAGUGUGGUCUAUAUAUUUGGCCGUCAAAAGAGCAACAACAACAAAAAAGAAAUGGCUUGACCACCCACAACAGCUGAAUCUGUUUUCAACAGAGUGUAAACUACGAACGUAUUGGUCUGACCUGUGAAAGUUCACAGUUUUCAACUGGUAAUGACAUUGAUUUCAAGACUGGUGCGCCGGAAUUUAGCCGGACAUUGUCUGUGAGCGCACUCGGCGUUUACGAGCGAUCUGUUGAGCACCCGACAGCUUUCCGAUUUUCCUGCGGGUGAUGAUGAUACGAGGAUGCUGCGCCUCCCGGUGAAGAAAAUACGGAAGCAGUUCAAACUGCUCCUGUUGCUGGUUCUGCUGACGUUCGCCGUGUGGUUUACAUACCUGCACAUCAACCAGGGCAAGUCCAUCAAACUCCACUUCAGCUACGGCAAAGAUGGAGAGAGGCAAACGGAGGGAACCGACACCAGUCGUAAGAGGGACACGCGCUCCUCGGACAGCAGUCGCAAGAGUGAGGACACCAGCGACAGCCAUGAGGAAGACGCAGCGGAGGAUGAGCUCCAUACUGGCGGCUCUGACAGCAGAGACCAGCCUCAGAUCCGGAAGUUUCUCUCCCAGAAGCACAAGAAGUUGCCAUGGAAACCUGAUUUCAAGGGUCAGGCCAACCUUCACGUGUUUGAAGACUGGUGUGGCUCCUCCAUUGCUCAGCUCCGAAAGAACCUUCAUUUCCCGCUCUUCCCUCAUACAAGGACCACAGUGAAGAAACUGGCCGUAGCUCCGAAAUGGAAAAACUACGGCUUGAGGAUGUUUGGAUACCUUCAUCCGUACAAAGAUGGGGACUUCCAGUUCGCAGUGGCCUCUGAUGACAAUUCAGAGUUCUGGCUGAGUUCCGACGACAGUCCGCUCAACGCCCGUCUUUUGGUGUACGUGGGCCAGCUGGGGUCAGAGUGGACAGCACCAGGGGAAUUUACCAAGUUCAGAUCUCAGGUUUCCAAGUCUGUCCAUCUUAUUGCCUCCAGAAGAUACUACUUUGAGGUUCUCCACAAGCAAGAUGACAAGGGAUCCGACCACGUGGAGGUUGGGUGGCGCCCUUUUCUGCCAGGCUUGAAAUAUGAGGUCAUCGAUUCUGCCUACAUCUCGCUGUACACAGAGGAGAGCAGCCUGAAGAUGAACAGCGUGGAUCACAUCCCCCAGACGCUGGCCAGCCACGGGCCAAUCCCGGCGGAGGGGCGGGCCGGCCGGCCGCACGGCGCCGACAUGCUGAAACCUGACCCGCGCGACACCUUCUUCAGGACGCCCAUGAUAGACCCUGCCCGGCUGGAGAACGUGCUGCCCCCUUGUCUCUACUCGCCCACAUACGUGGUCAAAGACUUCCCCAUCGCCCGCUACCAGGGCUUACAGUUUGUGUAUUUGUCCUUCGUCUACCCCAAUGACUUCACGCGACUAACGCACAUGGAGAGGGAGAAUAAGUGUUUCUACCGCGAGUCGCCCAUAUAUCUGGAGAAGUUUGGCUUUUACAAAUACAUGAAAAUGGAUGAGGAAGAAGAUGACAGGCCGUUUUUCUUCCCAAACCCUGAUGAUUUUCUCGAAGAGGAGGAAGGCGUGGAUCCCGAGGACGAAGCCGAGAUCGUCGGCACGCCGCCAUCGAGGAGGCCAAUCCGGCCCAGCCAGUCCAGCUCCUCCCAUAAGCCAGGCUCCAUGUCAACGAGGACGGAGGUAGAGGUGGAGCAGAAGAACCCAGCCCAGAGGAGGGAACAAAGCCAAGCCUUCCGCGGGGAGGAGCCAGCAGACAGGAGGGAAGGGGUGGGGCGGAAUGACCCCGAUGAACAGGUCGAGCCGGUAGAGAACGCGGACUCCCCGGGUGAGAACAUAAAGGGUGGGCGCGCACUCUCCUGGAUCCAGACAGAGCCGGAGGGGCUGACGAGACGUGGCUGGUCGGAGGCCCACGCUCCGAAACUCAGCAGGCGCUCCCUGCUGUUCCCCCAGAAGUCCUCCCUGGUGGCACUCACCAACCGAGCCAAGCAGAUCCUCACCAACUCCGCCCAUGCCGGCCGCCCCGCCCCCGGCCGCGCCGGCCGGCCGAGCGCCAACAAGGAGCACAAGAAGGAGGACGAAGUGAUCUACGUCACCAGGCCCCGUCCAGGCCGGGAGAAGAAGAGCCCCGUCUCACGGCAGCCUCGCGAGGUCUUCCCCGGGGUCUUUCUCUAUCAGAACGGUAAAACCACCAGGCUGGUGAACCUGAGCUCUAAGCCCAGGAUAAGUCAGGGCGUCUUAGGUGCAUCGCAGCUGCUAGGAAGGCCCCCUCUCCGGGAAAGCAGGGCCAAUUUCACCUCCGGCAGGCGGAACGCGGCUCACCAGGCUCCCAGCAGGCCGGCCGUUCCGGGCCGCACCGAGAAGGCGGCGCACGGGAAAACGCCCCCCCCCUCUGCCCGACGGCUCCCUCCCAUCCCCACCCCUCCCAUCCCCACCCCUCCCACCUUCGACCCCUCCCGGAGCGCGCUCCCCACCGACGCGCCCCGCGUUACCUCCUACCUGCGCACCUCCGAGAUCACCGAGUCACAGCCGCGGCAGAGGGAGGCGGAGCCUGAGCGCGAGGAGGAGGGCGGCCUGUCCGAGUACAGCUACGAGGAAGCGGAGCCCCGCCCUGGCUGGACAGAGGAGGCCAUCAACUGGCAGAGGACGUUCUCGGUCAACAGCAUGGACUUCGAGACGCUGCGCUCCGACUGGAACGACCUGCGCUGCAACGUGUCGGGGAACCUGCAGCUGCCCGAGAGCGAGGUGGUGGACGUGCUCGCGCAGUACAUGGAGAGACUCAACGAGCGGAACGGAGGCAUCUUCACCCUCUUGCGCAUCGUAAACAUGGAGAAGAGGCGGGACUCGGCACGGGGGAACCGCUACCUGGUGGAGCUGGAGCUGAUGGAGCGCGGGCGCAGCGUGGUGCGCCUGUCCGAGUACGUCUACCUCCUUCUGCACCACGGCCGGCUGGAGGACAGCCUGGAGGUCAGCGACGUGGCCGUGGCCUCGCCCUCUGCCGCCACGCCCGCUCCCUCGCCCCGGGCCCUGGGCGCCGGGGCUCACGCCACCCCGCAGGCGGGUACUGCCGAUGCCAAGCCUCUGCUCUGCCAGCCUGUCUUGCUGCAGUGGAGGAGAGACGUCAUGGUUCAUUUUGUGGUGCCGGUGAAGAACCAGGCUCGCUGGGUCCAGCAGUUCAUCACCGACAUGGAGUUCCUCCACCGUGAGACCAGAGAUGAGAACUUCAACAUCAUAAUUGUGGACUUCCAGAGUGAUGACAUGGACAUAGAGCAGGCUCUGAGAGAGAGCUCUGUGCCCCGGUACGACUAUCUCAGGAGGGAAGGCAAUUUUGAACGCUCGUCGGGGUUGCAAAUUGGAGUGGACACUAUUGAGGACAGUCACAGCAUUGUGUUCCUGUGUGACCUGCACAUCCACUUCCCCCUGAACAUCCUGGAGAGCAUCAGGAAACACUGUGUGGAGGGCCGACUUGCCUUUGCCCCCAUUGUCAUGAGACUGGGCUGUGGGAGCUCCCCCCAAGAGCCAGAUGGGUACUGGGAGGUGAACGGCUUCGGCCUGUUUGGAAUCUAUAAGUCAGACUUUGACAAGAUUGGCGGCAUGAACACGGAGGAGUUUAAGGACCGGUGGGGAGGCGAGGACUGGGAGCUGCUCGACAGAGUUUUGCAGAACGGCUUGGAGGUGGAGAGGCUGCGGUUGCGGAACUUCUUCCACUACUACCACUCCAAGAGGGGCAUGUGGAACUCCCAGAUAAAGAAGACCCCCAAGAGCUAGAGAGGGAGGGGCCGAGGACAGCGAGAGGGCCCGGCGCGGACGUGCGGCCCAGCUCCCGGGGCUCCACGCAGGGCCCUGUUCCUCCUGCGUUCCCCGGUGAGAGGACGUCAGUGACGGCCUGGCUAGCUUUUUGAGUUCUUCGGCCCAACCCAUGGGAGUAAAAGAGACUUUUCUUUCCCCAUUAUGUGUGGGAGCGUGUGUGUGUGUGUGUGUGUGUGUGUGUGUGUGUGUGUGUGUGUGUGUGUGUGUGUGUGCGUGUGCGUGUGUAGGAGUGGGUGCACGCACGUGUUUCUCUGUGUGUGUAGGAAUGUGUGUCUGUGAAAGAGUUAUUCCUUGAUGGUUGGAAGAGGAUAUUUCUUUCUUUUUUUUAAAAAACAAUUGAGGUAACCAAACCUGGAGGUUUAUACUUCGAAAGGGAGGUACAGAUGUGCAGAGAGUGCAGUCUGCCUGUCCUGCUAGCGGUGGAAGCUACAGGAGGGAUCUCAUUAAGUGUGCUGCUUAAUGUGUGACUCAUCACGACAUUAAUGAUGAAGGUAACUGUGUACAAGCUUAGCUGUGUGGGUGUGGCAGUGCUUACGUAUGUCCUUUUAAGAGUUUUUUAUGUUAUUACAACACUGAUUCCUGAUGAAGUGCAGGCAAAUAUUUAUGUAUUCUUGACGCAUUUAAAUGUCCUAAUAUUUGCCAUGUCCAGCAGAAGGGGACACUGAAUACUGAUAAAGAUGCACUAGUGUUGUAGGUGACAAAGCUGCUUUCUUUCCCUUGUAGACACUGAACAGCCUGCUGGCUAGUCCUUAUAGUCAUUUUAUCCUGCUGACAGUUCAACCAUUAACCCUCAGGCUCCCAACCGAACCCAAGAGGUGGGACCUGCUGAGAAACACAGCUCUGCUUUUCUGUUGGUCCUUCUGCGGAUUUGUAUUUUAUCUUUUGAGGCAUUUCAGGCUACUUGUGACGAUUAGAUGGGGUACCAGGUCUUAGAGAACUCGUUUCUCUGACGCAAAUGAUCAGACUGGGUACUGAGUGUUGGGAGAUUCUUUUUUUCCCUGAUGCAGGUGGCAACAGCUUCCAGUGGAGGGCAAAUUCUUCUCAGAAUGCUUUUUUUUUACUUCGCAGUAUAUUCGUUUGACCCAGAGUACUGACAUAGGAUCCGCUUUAAUCUUUCAUUUCCUAAUAAAUAAAUGUAUAUAUUGAAAGGAAGCUGAUGCAAGAUCAGUACUCUGAGCCACUUUUAUAGGCUACAUGAUGUGUCAAGUUCUGGGUUUAACCUUGCUCUGAGAAACGGCCUGAGACUCUGUCCGUCGUCGUAGUAUUCCCCUAUAGAGACUUUGCGGCGGGACAAAGUUACUGUCCCCCAUGUGUGCCUUUAUUUAAGGUGUUUUUUUCUGGGCUGCCUGUCAUAAGCUGGAUUUACAUGUGUCGAGUCAUUCUGAAUGGAAGAGUCCAGAAAGCCUCGUACCGUACAGCUGAGAUGCAGGGGAGAGAGGGGCUUGGAGAUUCGUAGGGAAACGUAGGCAUCACUGGAAUUAUCUGGGAACCGCCAAUGCAGUAACUCGUGCCCGACACUUCCAAGGUAAGCAGUGUUUCCAAGGUGGGCAGCAUCUACACUGAUUAAUGGUUCAGGGACUAAGGGUGCAGAGAACUGAUCAGCACAUCCUCUGUGCUCUUCCAUGCAGUACCACUUCGUUUAAAAAAAACUUAAAUUCUAGUUCCGUUUUACACACUCUGUGUGUGUGUGUGUGUGUGUGUGUGUGUGUGUGUGUGUGUGUGUGUGUGUGUGUGUGUGUGUGUGUGUGGACAAGUAACGUCACAUCUCCUACUGCUGUCAGCCCCACGUUCGAGGUUUUGUCAUUCACGCCGAGCCCUCUUUGGUCUGGCCCAAGCCAGUCCAUGAUUCUAACACUCCUGGGAGACUCUGUGUCAGGAACCAGAAGAAGAGAGCUGACUUUAAACAGGGAUCUACAUUCCAAAGUAAUUUCUGUGAAAUUGCUGUGUAGAAAAAUUUAUGAAUGUAUUGUAUUAUUUUUAUUUUCAGCCUUUUGUUUUUUUGAAAAAUAAAGUUUUAUGCUGAACCAAA